AUGUUGUUUCGACAGAACAACAAUAAUACCAGCAGCACUCGACGGAGACCCGAAGGACGCACUGCCUGCAUAAUACAUGUGGAAACACACACUGUUCUGAUUGUCUGUUUUGCCAUUAAUGUCUUUUGGUUCUACUACUUGGCCACCACAACGUCCAUCAGCACUUCCUCGCUGAACCAUGGAUUGGAAUCCGUCGUGUCUCACCAAGAAUCUACUGCUACUGGCAGCAAAGACAAGAACAAGGAGCAGCCAAUGUUUGCCUUUACGAUGCGAGAUUCGAGACGAUUGGUACCGGUGGAGCCUCCCCUUGGCAUUCACAUUUACGACUAUGUCGAUAUCUAUAAUGCCGAUCAGACACUAAAUGCCAAGACAGCCCUCUUUUUGGACGGUCGGUACAUUGUCGAGGCACCCUGCCGCAAAUUUCUCAAAAAGUAUUCCCUCGAAUGCUACAAGGAAAAACUCAUUCAAGUCUUUGAACAUGUCCUGAUGAAGGAGGCACACGCCAAGACAAACUAUUUCUUUUAUAUGGAAUCUGACAAUACGCUCUGUUUGCCACUGGAUCAAAUUCAAGAAUUGGCACUGCGACAAGCACGAUACUUUAUUGCCACGGGCGUGGGAGCAUCCGGGUGGAUCAUGAGACGCGAUUUCAUGGUGGAUUUUUUGGAUCGCUACAAGGCAUUGGGCAAUAGUAUGAAGAUACGAAAUCCCAUGGAUCAAUCCAAUCGCAUGCCCGAUCUGGUCGCGUCCUGGAUGCUCAUGGAACAAAAUCAAUGGGCCGUCACCAAUCGAUAUCUCGUGUCCCAUACGAUUCUCAACGGCAAGGGAGAAAAUGCACUGACGCAACAACAACCGGGAAAUAAAAAACAUUUGCCACGAUGUUUGGAACCCCAUCGAGGCAAAUGGGGAAAAGACAAGGACCAAUUUGGCUGGGAUUACUUUGAUUACACCAAAUGUCCGGAUGCCGAAGUAUAUCCCUGUCAUGCCGAUGAUGAAGUUGCCAGUACGAGACCGCCGGCAAAGAUUCGGAAUGAUCCCGUCCCGGUUGUCAUUGUUGGCAAAGAUGGGAAAAAACAAACCAUUUUCAAUUAUGGCAUUCCAGUAGGGGGGGAGCAACAAAAAACGGAACCGCUAGUGAACAAGACCGAUACUUCCACCAACACCAACAAAGCAGCACUCAGUCAUGCUGUCAGUUUACAAGUGCAAAACACUUGA